GAAAUGCGGGGAAAACAUUCGCCGCGAGAAAUCGAAGUUUCAGCACUUUUUUUGAGGGCGAUGUUUUUUGCAAAUAAAAUUAAAAAUUAGUAAAUUGAUAAUAUUGAUUGUAUCGCAAAUGCUAAUUAGUUUUGUAACAAAGUGUAGUGUUUUAGAGAAUGUUUAGUGUAAUGUGAGUUCGAUUGGAACCGUGGUGGAAAAGAUGAUUUUUGCUUGAGAAGUUUUUGACAUUUCUUCCAUGAAAACAUUUUCCUUUUUUCCUCUGGCUUCCCUUUCUUAUUUGCAAUUGGGGCUCCCCGAAGAAGUCCCGCUGUGCUUAAGACAGACAGAAAACAACGCCAGGAGGAAGUAAAUGUAGUUAAAAGAUGGAUCCCUGAGGUGGGAAUUACGGGAGAAAUUAGUGAGAAUAUGCAGAUUGUGUGCUUCCGCCGUAGACUAGAGGAAUCUCCCGGAAAUGCUUGAAGGUUGUGUUGUUGAUUGCCGGAAUGACACGACCCGAAUGGAUGGUGGAGUGGAUUUUUGCGAAUGCCAGCUCUCCUCAAGUGACCAUGUAAUCUGCUGCAUGCAGAAAGUGGGGGAAGAACUCCAAACCUGACUGAUAACCCGUGUGUAGUGCAUGUAUAGCGAAAGGUGAAAAGUGAGUGUAAAAGAGUGAGAGAUGCAGGCGAAGAAACGGUAUAUCCUCGUGUUCGUGUCAUGUGCUUUCCUGGCCUAUUGCUACUUUGGUGGGUAUCGCCUUAAAGCUCCACGCGGUGCCACGGAGCCUAGCAGCUUGCCCUCCUUCACGCAUCUGGUGGCAUUUCACGAGGGUAUCAGUGGUGACCUGGAUGAUUUGGCCAAUGCACCAGCUGCCCCGUUCAUUGGGACAUGGAGUGCAGAUUCCCACACAGCAACAUUCGCACCACACUCCGAUCCGGGCACAAGGGGAGACGACAGGAAGAAGGCCUGCCGUAUGGAAACAUGCUUUGACUUCUCACGCUGCUAUAGCGACUUUCUCGUUUAUGUCUAUCCUCCGGAACCCCUAAACUCAUUAGGUGCCGCUCCACCAAUUAGUCCCAAUUACCAAAAAAUCAUCUCAGCCAUCACAGAGAGCAGGUACUACACAACGGAUCCGGAUAAAGCGUGUCUCUUUGUUCUUGGCAUCGACACCUUAGAUCGUGACUCUCUCAGUGAGGAUUACGUUAGAAAUGUGCCGUCACGUCUCCAGCGAUUGCCACAUUGGAAUAAUGGGCGGAAUCACAUUAUAUUCAAUCUAUACUCUGGCACGUGGCCAGAUUACGCCGAGUACAGUCUGGGAUUUGAUCCAGGCGAAGCAAUUCUCGCCAAGGCUAGCAUGAGCAUACAGCAGAUGCGCCCAGACUUUGAUAUCAGUAUACCUCUCUUCCACAAACAAUUUCCCCUCCGUGCUGGCAACUCUGGAUUUGUGGUCAGCAACAAUUUUCCGGCCAACAAAAAGUACUUGCUCGCCUUCAAGGGUAAAAGAUACGUCCAUGGGAUUGGUUCUGAAACGAGGAAUUCACUAUUUCACUUGCACAAUGCUAGAGAUUUGGUGUUAGUUACAACAUGCCGUCAUGGCAAAAGUUGGCGAGAAUUGCAAGAUGCUCGAUGUGAUGAGGACAAUCGAGAGUAUGACAGAUAUGAUUACGAAACAUUGUUGCAAAAUUCAACAUUCUGUCUAGUUCCACGAGGGCGUAGAUUAGGAUCUUUCCGCUUCCUUGAAGCUCUGCAAGCAGGAUGUAUACCUGUUCUUUUAUCAAAUUCAUGGAUGCUACCAUUUCAAUCUAAAAUCGAUUGGACACAAGCAGCUAUAUGGGCAGACGAGCGUCUCCUUCUUCAAGUGCCCGAUGUGAUUAGAUCGAUUUCAGCUAGUCGUAUUUUAGCACUUCGCCAACAAACCCAAGUGCUUUGGGAUAAAUAUUUUAGUUCCAUAGAAAAGAUUGUUUUUACAACGUUUGAAAUUAUACGUGAGCGUAUACCGGAUUAUCCCCAACGCAAUGGACUUGCUUGGAAUUCUGCACCGGGUGCUCUGCUUACAUUGCCAACAUAUUCAGACAGCCUGAGGCAUAUGCCAUUUCACAUGGAUAUUGAUGAUUAUCAACCAGGACAUAAUUACACUGCAAUUAUAUUUGUACAAAUAGGAACAUCUUUGACACCAAAUACAGCAUUAUAUCGACUAGUCAAAAGUAUAACACGAAGUCUAUUUGUGGAUAGGAUUUUAAUACUCUGGGCAUCUGAUCGACCUAUUCCACCGCGCAAAAGGUGGCCAGCAAUGGGCCAUAUAUCCUUCAAUAUUAUACAAAGCAAUACAAAUGAAGAGCGCACGAGCAUAUCCCAAAGAUUUUAUCCUCAUCAUUUAAUUAAAACUGAUGCAAUUCUAUCUCUCGAUGAAGAUGCUAUUCUCAAUACAGAAGAAUUAGAUUUUGCAUAUCGUGUCUGGAGGGAUUUUCCAGAUCGUAUUGUUGGUUACCCAGCACGAGCUCAUUAUUGGGACGAUGGAAAGAAUGCAUGGGGCUAUACAUCUAAAUGGACCAACUAUUAUUCCAUUGUCCUGACUGGUGCUGCGUUUUAUCACAGAUACUACAAUUAUCUGUAUACCAAUUGGCUAUCAUUAUUACUACUGAAAACUGUACAACAAUCGUCCAAUUGUGAAGAUAUUCUGAUGAAUUUCCUUAUAUCGCAUGUAACAAGGAAACCACCAAUUAAAGUUACACAGAGAAAGGGUUAUAAAGAUAGAGAAAGUGGAAGGUCGCCAUGGAAUGAUCCAGAUCAUUUUAUUCAAAGACAAAGUUGUUUAAAUACAUUUGCUGCAGUUUUCGGAUAUAUGCCACUUUUACGAUCCAAUUUACGACUGGAUCCUGUAUUGUAUCGUGACCCUGUAUCAAAUUUAAGAAAAAAGUAUCAUCAAAUAGAAUUAGUAGGUAGCUAGCGAUUUAUUUACAAUUUUAAAAAGUGAAAAUAAAACCUAAACAUGACGCUAAUGAACUGUUAAAUUGAGACAUGCUUGUGAAACUUAGAGAAAAAAAAUUACGAAGCGAAUUGAUAAAUUCAAAAUUGUGAAUAUAAAUGUAUAAUGUAAACAUUUUUCGUGUAAGACUAAGCAAAGAGUUCUGACUUGUAUUGUAAGCUACCAAAUUCAAAAUGUUAAAUGCGUAUAAAGUAGUUGAAAAAAAAGCCCAUAGUUGAGAUGUUUUAUCUUUUUGUUCAUGUCUGGAAACGUGUAUUACGUAUUUUAUACGCACAUAGUGUAUAUACAACAUAAACCUACAUAAUAUACAUAAAAUAGGGAUGAUGAUAUGAUAAAGAGAAGAAGCAAGUUCGCAGAAAAAUCAUUAAAGAGAUUCCAAAAUAAUACAAUAUAUAUUAACAUAAAUCUCUACAACAUUUCGAUGAGCUUUUAAUAAAGAACUUUUCAUUUGAA